UUAUACGUUUCCCCAAUCUACGUUCUGACAGGUUCCAGCUCUGAACCGCAGGCAGGCUGGCCCUGCCGCGGAACUGUUGUCUGCGGAACUACAUGCGGAAGUUCCUUUCGUUGCCCCCGGACGCAACUCUGAGGGGUACUUCCGGUGAGAGAAAAAUGGCUGCGGCCGUUGCGAGCUCACGUGUGAGUGCGGGGAAGAAGCUGAAAAAUUCGCUAAAGAAGAAGAAGAAGGUGAAAAUGAUUGCCAAAGUCAUAGCAUCAGAGCUGGAAGAGGAGGUGAAAGAUGCUUCCGACAGUGGAGGAUCUAUAGGAAGCUGUGGAUCAGAAAAGGGUCAUUUUUCUGAUGAUGAAGCAAUAGAUGCUGACAAUGAGGAUGAUGCUGAACCCUGUGACAAAGAAAAUGAAAAUGCUGGAGAAUCAUGUGCUGGAACUAAUAUGGGCUGGGCAGAUGCCAUGGCUAAAAUCCUCAACAAGAAAACGCCUAAAAGUAAACCCACCAUUCUAGUCAAAAAUAAAGAACUGGAAAAGGAAAAAGAAAAGUUAAAGCAAGAAAGACUUGAGAGAAGAAAACAGCUUGAUAAGAGGCGGGAGUGGGAAAUGAUGUGCAGAGUAAAGCCAGAUGUUGUCAAAGACAAAGAAGCAGAGAGAAAUCUUCAGAGAAUUGCAACGAGGGGUGUGGUGCAAUUAUUUAAUGCUGUCCAAAAACAUCAAAAGAAUGUUGAUGAAAAGGUUAAAGAAGCUGGAGGUUCUAUUAGAAAGCGUGCUAAAUUGAUAUCAACUGUUUCUAAGAAAGAUUUCAUCAGUGUUUUGAGAGGAAUGGAUGGAACUGCAAAUGAGAAAAGUUCAACUGAGAAGAACUCAAAAGCCAAACAGACUAAAGCGAAAUCAGAAGAGGGUCCAGGUUGGACGAUCCUACGUGAUGAUUUCAUGAUGGGAGCAUCUAUGAAAGACUGGGACAAGGAAAGUGAUGGGCCAGAUAACAGCAGACCAGAAUCUGCAAGUGACUCCGACGUGUAAAAUAAUAGAAGCAACAUAGUUUUCAGUUUAUUUUUCUUACAAAGAUACUCUGUCCUCCGGCAGUUUGGGAAUUAUAAUGAUACCAUUUGUAAGAAAGCCAAAAGACUUACUAGCUUUGAUGUUCCCCCUUUACAUGUAAACUUUGUUAAAACUGUAUUUUCAACUUUUGUAUAAUUUUAGGCGUUGUUCCUCAAAACAUUUGCAACAAAAAAUAUAUCCACUUGAUCAGCAAGA